CUAUAUUAUAAUGAUCUAUAUUAUAUUGUUAUUUUAUAGAUGAGUGGAGCCACUUAGUAGAGGUACUUUAUAUGGCUUUCAAGCAAGUCCGAAAAGAUAUCCUCCAAUCGCAAAGAUCCAUUAACACAACAAAAUAAUUAAGCGGCUAAAGAAUGGAAAUUAAAGAUGUUCGUAUUGAACAAGAGUACCAUAAAUCAAACAAAAGGAAUUUUAUGAAAACAGAGUUAAAAAGUUGGGCUGAUAUUAUGGAUGAAGAAGAACAAUGUCAAAAUAGUAAAAAAAGAAGUGAUUUUAAUAACCCCCAGUUGAAUAAAAAGAAACAAAAAUGUGAUAAUCCAAAAACUUCUCCUAAAGAUAUUUCAUACUCAAUAAAGCAUCACCCAGAUUAUACUAUUUUUGUUCCAGUUGAAAAAAAUAAAGAUCCCAAAAUACAAGACAAUGAAAAAAGUAGUUUAAAUGAUGAUCUACUUAAUAAUAAAAGAUCAUAUCAACAAAGCAACAAAGAAGUUAAGCGACAAAGGGUUGAUGUUAAAUCAAAUAAUAUUGGAAAUGAAAAUUUAAAAAAAACUGCUGAUACAAAUUCUAAGAAUGCUGGUAAAAAUGAUGUAAAAACUGACACAACUUCUAAGAAUGCUGGUAAAAAUGAUGUAAAAACUGACACAACUUCUAAGAAUGCUGGUAAAAAUGAUGUAAAAACUGACACAACUUCUAAGAAUGCUGGUAAAAAUGAUGUAAAAACUGACACAACUUCUAAGAAUGCUGGUAAAAAUGAAUCAAUAGAAAAAGAUGAAAAAAAAGUAAAAAACCUUGAGAAGCAAAACACAAACAAUACAGAAGUAUACAGAAAAUACAUAGCUGAAGUAUCAAGAAGAGGUGAUAUGGGUGAUCUUAAAACCAAUAAUAAUAGUAAUAGAUAUUUUAUCAAAACUGCUGACGCAACUUCUAAAAGUUCAACUAGUAAAAAAGAUUCUAAACUUAUUGAAACUGAUGAACAAAGAAUAAAGAAUCGAGAAAAACAAAUUGCAAUUGGAAAAAAUACAGAAGGCUACAGAAAAUACAUAGCUGAAGUACCAAGAAGCGACAGAACACCUGUUCACCCAUGGACGCCUGAUAAAUAUUCUGUUUGCAGCACACGCUCGUGGCAGGGUGUAAUGAGAAUAUGGAGACGAAAAUUGCACUAUUGGGACCCACCACAUUUAGUUGAAGAAUUUGAAACUCAGAAGUUUUGUAAUGUUGCAGCACAGUCUUUUGACGAUUGCAAAGAUUCUGAAGAAUGCAAUUUAUCAGAUGAAAGUGAGCACACCUAUGGCAAGCUUGAUGACUUUAGUUCUUUAACUGAAGAAGAAGUUUUGUUUGGGACUUCUGUCGAAAAUUAUUAAAUCAGCUGUUUUUAAAUUUUAUGAUUUUAAUGUUUAACAU